UGAGAAAUAUUUUCACCAAUCUGGACAUCUAUAAUUAUAAAGUAGUACCUAUUCUGACUGGAAAACUUACAACUGAUCCGGCAAUAUUUUAUAAGACAAAUAGCUCUGCUGUGCGAUGCGUCCACAAAUGCAUUUCAACAACUGACUGCAUUUCAGUGUUUCUUACAGCUGAGUAUAUCUGUCAAGGACACGCCGUAGUUUAUGAGAUUACAUCACCUUCUUUGAUCUUCAAAACUGGAACCCGAUCGUUUACUUCAAAGAUAUCAAAGACGAUUUCCUGUAACGAGCUCGGUUAUACAUGGGAAUCUUCGAUGUCCAUUUGUUUCAAACUCCACAGUAGUGCACGAAUUCAUUCUGACGCUACAUCUCAAUGUCUGUCAGACCACCCCAAUAGCCGACUGUUACUUAUCAAUUCCGACUCCAUUUACAGCUUUGCUGUAAAUAUCAUAGACAGCUACAACACAGGAGCGAUAUACCUUCAGGGAACACGCUCCAGUGGUUCUAAUUUCGUGGACGAUGAUGGCCAAACGAUCACCUACUUUCGAUGGGUACCCGGUGAGCCAGAUAGCAGUGGAAAUUAUCUCCGUACAGAUACUGGCACCAAGUUACAGGAGACGUCAUCAGGCACUUAUCCUUACAAAUUCAUAUGCCGAAUUUACGUAAUAUUUUGAGCAUACGUUGUAGAUUUAUAAUUCUGUUGAUAAAAGGAAAUCGUGGCGGAAAGUGUAAGAAAACAAUUAUGGUCACAUAUACGCUCAGUUCAAGGGUCAUUUAUAGAUUGUUUCUAAUAUAAUUGUGUAAUGGAAACGUUUUCUAUUCUUUUUUCUUUUCAGUUUCUUUAACAAA